AUGGAGCGCAGGGAGGUGCCUCCGGCGAUUGAUCUGUCCUGCUACAAUAUCGGUGCGGUGCGUACCAUGACUGAUUUCGUUGCCGGUGUGGAUCAGCGCAAUUUGCGUCUGGAUGAUAACAUUAUGCCUGAUUUACUUCAGCUUGCACGUAUUUUCCGUAUGCGUCAACUUACUGACCUUAUCGUCGAGCAUGUGCUCACGAAAGUGGAGAAGGGACCACCAUCGAAUUUGUUGCUGGCGCUUAAUUUAGUAGCCUCGGACUGGAGUAUGUUUCUGCAUUACAACGAAGCGUCAGCACUGGUGGAGGCCGCAGCCGAGAAUAUUAACGAAGUGACCACUUCCACAUUUUUCAACAUGCUACCAGCAGCCGUUCUCGUUAUGCUCUACAGCAGAUGCGAUGUUAGCAUAACGUCUGAGAUAGAAUUGAGCCAGCGCCUAAUUCGUUGGCUUAAGAAAAGUGUGCGCAGCAACGAUGAUGCCGAGAUGCUCUUCUCCUGUGUGCGCUCGCCUUUCCUAUCGCAACAUGACCGUGAGCUAAUUCGGGAAAAGUGUGUUGGGCUGCCGGAAAGCGUAAGUAGCAUUUUUGGAGCACGAUUUUACAGAUUACUUGUUUUUAUGCGUUUUUGUUUAUAUGCGAAUGCUAAAAUAGAUAUUGUAGCGUCCCAUGGAGUGUAGCG